CCAACCUUUAACCGAAACGGCCAUUGUCUCAAUCAAAGGUUACUCAAGGCGAUCGUACAUACCUCUCUACGAUGAAAGAGCUCCUUCAUCGCGACAGGCGUUUCCGCGCACCGUUACGGGGCAACGCACCAGCCGCCGGACAGAACGCCGCUCAGCCUGCGUUCGUCCCUGCGCGUCAUCCUCCAGUUGUUUGCGAUACAUAUAAAAGAGGGGCUGCGUUGGCUCCGGCAUCGGCCGUCCUUACUAACGCAGCUGCCUCAACAUCCGGCGCGGACGAAGCCACCAGCAGCAGUCGGCAGUCGACGCCAGGGCGCUGGCACCGUGCAGGUCGAUGUCGGCUUUCGUCAACAAAUGGGCGUUUCACAAUGGCGACAUUUCCCGGUUCCAGCUUCCGCUCACAUUCCGCCAGCACUGUUGCCACGGCCACCGCCGCCGCCGCGGCGUCGUCCUCAUCUUCGGCUGGCAGUAGCACGGUAUCCAGCGAUGAGUUGGUGAGCCCCAAGAGGGAGGCCCAGCUGACCCUAGAGCAGUACAAGGAGAUUUAUGACAGGCUCAUUGGGAUCUUCCAGACGCGGCCCCGAGAUGACUGGAAGAAGCUCAUCGUAUUCAGCAAGCAGUGGGAUCAGCACUCACAAGGGGUGCUGGACAGGAUUAAGGAGCUGGCGGACCGGGAGGCGGACGUGGAUAAGAAGAUGGGACUGAGGAAGCUGUUCCGGGCGCUGCAGAACGUGAACGACGAGGUGUCCCGUUACAACCGGGUGCUGCUCAAGCUGGCUGACGCAGCUGAUGACGAGUGGGAUGCCAUCGUGGCGGCGUACCGGGGGGACCUGCAGAAGCCUUUCUUUGAGCACAUGCAGUGCCUCAUGGUGGCGGCCAAGGAGGACCCCUCCCGUCUGGACCAGCUGGUACUGAUCAAUACCCGCCUGGUGGCCCUUAUCGCCAACCAUGAUGCGGUGGCAGCAGACCAGGACAAACUUGAUGCGGCAGCGGCGGUGUACCGCGACCUGCUCUCGUCGGUCAGCAGCAUGGAGGACCUGGACAGGCGGAUGGCGGAGCUGUCGUCCGCGGGCAAGAUCGACCCGGCCUUCCUGCAGAUCUCUGCCAAGGCGUACGGCGCGGCCCGCGACACGAACAUGACUAAAGACGAGGCGAAAUGGGUGGCAUACAAACUAUAUCGUACGGCUCGCGACUAUUUUGACCGGCAGCAGCCUGCUGAAAAGCGCAUCAUCGAGUACCUCAUCAAUGUGACUGACCCCACGGAGCGCCGCAACAUGCUGGACCAGGCCGUCACUCCCGGGCCUGUGAGAGCCACGGAGACGCAUGACUACCUGUACUCCACACCGCAGCGGUUGUUUCUGGUUCUGGACAACACUCUACGGGCCUACUUUGCGAUGCGGGAUGGGGCCGCUAAGAACCUCAACACUCCGGAGGCCGCUGUUUUGCCGCGGAAGGUUCGGGUUAUGAUGGAGUUGCGAGACGACCUCAUCCGGCGAUACCUAUGAACGGCUAGGACAUGACUUUCUGCGUCCUCUCCUAUGGGCGCCAGUGUCCAAGGCCCAGGUCCUUAGCCGAACACGGCAUUGAUGAAUAACCAGCACGGAUAUCGGAUGCCCUGCCCGGGGCGCGUUGGAAUAAGGGUAGCGCUGUGGUUUGGGAUCCGGUUGUCGACCCAUCCUUGACGUAUGUGCGUUAAGCUAGCGCAACGAGGGGCAAUUAAUUUGUUGCUAGGUUUCUGUCGUAUGGCAGUAUGGCCGACCUUGGAAUUGUUUCGCCUAAGGGGCACAUAGAUAGCAGUGCUCCUUAGGUGUACUGCUACCCGUGAAAACCAAAUGUCUUAAUAGGUCAACGCUGGUGAACAUAAUGUUCUUCUUUCUGGUACAAUUAUUUGAGAGGACGCAGCGCAAGCUUGGAGAUACAAAGCAAGGUGCAAUACUUGCAGGCGGAAGCUGCUGGGCGGAGACCCGUCACGAGUGAUACAACUGUCAAGUUGCAACCUAAGGCAUGACGACCUUGAACAUCACACUCUAAGUUCUAUGCAGACGUCACCCUGU